AUGACGUCGGAUGACUCUGCCAAGGGACAACUGGGGCAAGGCGCUCAGUCCAGCAUCUUUCGACCCAGGCUCACGGGCAUGCUGCGUGCUCGCCUUUAUUCGGCGGAUCGUGUGCAUUUCGACGUGGACAGUGAGGCUAUAGCGCGCUAUCAGGCGUUAGAGAAGCUACGUGGAAAGAAUGGCGACAAGAAAAUCACCGCGAAAGAUGGCUUUUGCAUGCAGAAGUUCGUUCGCCCCGACGGCUUGGCAGGCGACAAGCACGAUGCGCGGCAGUACUUCAACUCCUUCUUGAACCAGUGCGGGAAAGUCGCAGGUGAUGAGGUGGAUCGACAAAGCAUCGCCGAGUUUGUCUAUGACACAACGGCUGGAAAGGGCAUGUCGAUGAAUGAGGAUGAGCAAUUUGAGGCCAUCAAGCAGGUUAUCCUCACCUUCACAAAACCAAACUUCAGCCGGCUCAAAAGCUUGGCGCAGAACCUCUACAGGUAUGAUCGCUUUCCGGCGUCGGACGACAAGUCGACCAAGAGCACCGGCCCGAAGACGGACAUGGAGUUUGAGUUCGGUUCGGACCUGGACUUCAUCUACCCCCUGGAAGCCUCCUCCUCGGCCUGGCGCUUGACGCCCGACGAGCCGGAGCCCAUCACCGCGACGCCGGAGCAGCUCUUCUUCAACCGAGCCAAGGCCCUGAUGGCUGACACCGCAAGCUCCAGUGCCUCCAAGAACAAGGCGCCCAAAAGUGCACCACGGAAGGAGCUGAUUUGGUUCCGCGACUCUUGUGAAGAGCACCUCGCAAGAGCUUCAGGCUCCUCAGGCUCCUCCGCCUCCAUGACGGUCGAAGAGCUGAUGGGCCAAUUGCUGGAGACGUUGGACCGAGGUGGCGAGGACGCGGAUCAGAACGCUCUUAUCGACUUCCUUGGUUUUGAGGCCUUUGAGUUCGUUGGUCAAUUGAUAGACCGGCGCAAGGGUAUCUUGGAGGCCCUGACCCCGCACAAACUCAUGUUUCCUCAACGUGGAGAGGAUUGGAUGGAUCUCAAGCGACAAGCGUCGGAGAUCAUUUCCAAGCAGGCCGCUCCCAAACCGCAGCAGCGCGGCACCAGUUUCGGCGCCUUGGACAUGGCGCAUUCAACUGAGCAACCUGAAGCACCAACAACCACUUGUUUCAGGGGUCCUGCUUUGACACGUGCAGCAUGGGCCGUGUGGCCCAGCCACGACUGGGGUGCCUUGGGCACGGGGCUUAUGGAUGGGUACAACCAUGGGAAUGACCCCAUAUGCUUGCGGAAUUUCCUGGUUCGCCUGAAAGUCUUGCCGCUCGAGGCAGCAUUCUCAUCCAGGUGUCGGGCCUUCAUCGCAAAGCUGAGAGAGCGUGGCAUCAAAGUGGUGGUCUGGGACAUGGAUCAGACUAUGGGUGGAGGUCAUUGCGGCGAAGGAAUUCUGAAGGAGCAGGCGGCGGAAUACAUCGCACAAGCAAGCCCGGAUUUUGUGGAGGCCGUUCGAGCCCUUUAUUUGUUGGACUUCAAACUGGCUGUAGCCACCAACAGUGAUCCUUUGGAAUACGACUUGCCGGGCCAGAGCCGUGAGCCUUGA